AUGAGCAUUAAUAUGAUGCUGAAUCAGAAAUAACUCUAAUUAAUAAAAUCUCGCUGGAAAGUACUCCAAGAAAAUAAGAAGAAUUAAUAAAGUGAUAGUUCUAUCUCUAAGACUUCUUUUAGGUUCAAAGAAGAUAGAAUAAUUUUGGAAUUAAGUAGAUCAAAAGUAAUUAUGCUUAAUUGUCUAAAAUUAUUAUUAUUACUUAUUUUGAGGAUAGUAUUUUGGAAUUAAUUAAUGGUUCUUAUGUAUUUGAAGAAUUCAAAAGGGUAGUUACAUAAAUAUAUGAUUUAUGAAAGCAUAAUAUGCAAAAAUUAUAAUCAAUAGUAUUUGCAAUCAAGGAUAGUAUUGUAAAUUAUGAUUAAAACAUAUUUUCAAAGUCUCUAUAGAUUUUCAUGCAACUUCGAAUAUUUCAACUGA